GUUGUUCUUCAUAUAUCCGAGAUUUUUCACCAGGGCAGAAUGAUGAGCAUAACGUUAACCUAUUAUUCUAAUUUUGCGCGAUUUCUUUCAGGCCCUCACAUACAAGACCAUGCGCGCUAUUGAACCCUAUGGCUACCUGGCACUCUUUGGGAUACUUGCUAGAGCAAGUUACCUGGCUGAAAUAUGUCCUCGGAGCCCAUUGGGUGAAAUAGGAGACGGAACCUGCGCUGGGUUUGAAUUAGGACAGAAACGAAUUUUGAGCAAACUCUCGGGGGCCAACUUAGAUUGGGAAGGCCCAGAGCAUUGUGUAAACGAAACAUGUAUCUUCUCAAACGACCACAUUGGUGAUGGCAUCGUACUUAUCACGAGCGAAAUAAAUGCAAAAAUUGCAAGCAACUUCCCAGUCACGACCAAUAAUGGGGCGGCAACAUUACCGUUCCACGCGGCAGAAGUUCCCGGAAAGGGCGUUGGUAUUGUUGCCGAUAGAAAAAUACGUAAAGGUGAAACUAUUCUCAUACGUUCCCCGACGAUGAUGGUGCAGACCGCCCCUCACGUUGGAAUGGAGUCUGGGAUCAGGGGUGUGCUAUACGACCUCGCCGUGGGAAAGCUUCCGGUUAGAGGCCGAGAGCUUUUCAUGGGCCAGAUGGGCAAGGACGUUUACGAUAAAAUAGAGACAAACUGCUUUCAAAUGUACAUCGACGGGGCAAACGACUCUGGUGGCCACCUAGGGUGUUAUCCGGAGGUAUCUCGAUUCAAUCAUGACUGCCGGCCAAAUAUCCACUAUCGUAUCUCUAACAUGACUCAUAUCACAGUUGCCGCGCGUGAUAUAGAGCCUGGUCAGGAGCUAAGUAUCAGCUAUAUCGAACUAAUGCUCCCACGAGAAGAGCGUCGUUCUCGCCUACGAAGUUGGGGGUUUGAAUGCGCUUGUUCUCACUGCAGCAUGAGCGACGAAGAGGUCGCUGCUUCAGAUGCGAGAAUUUAUAGGAUCGAAGAAUUAGAAACCGCCCUAGAGAAUUUCAACCAGACUAUCGUAACUGCAGAAACUGGGGCGCAACUAGCAGAAUUAUACGAAAGGGAAAGACUAGAUGUCUAUCUCGGACGGGUAUACACGCGGGCGGCGCUUAACUUUGCACUAUUCGGUGAAGAGAAGAAGGCGCAAAAGUACGCGCUGGCUGCGGUAGAAGCCGUCGAAAGAGAGUUGGGACCAAAUGCGGCCGAUGCUAAGGCCAUGAGAAUUUUGGCUGAGAAUCCCAAAGAGCAUUGGACUUGGGGGAAGCGGAGAAGAGGAAGUUUGGGAAAGGGGGAGGGAAGAUGAUCCUUCGAGGCGAUACUUUGAACUGGUUUCCUGCUCAGUAUGUCGACACUCUAAGUUAACCAGGUAAUUACUACCGAGAUGUUGAAUGUCGUAGUUACUUGACGCGUAUUAUAUAGGUACCUAAGAUAGUCUUUAUUGGACUUGCCUUUCUUAUACCCCCCUUCCAUAUUACAAGCAGCGAUUUAUUGACGCAUCUAUAACUUACCUACCUACCUAUACAUCAUCUUAAACAACAACCUUACAACAGAGCUUCGACC